AUGGACAAUUUUGUCUUUGGAUUCCCUCCUCCACCUGUGUUUUACCAUAAGUACUCCCUAGAGACAGAAUUGGAUCAGAGCGAUCAGCAGGAGUCCGAUCAAAAUGGAUCAAAAGUCGAUUAUAUCGCUGAAAACAACAUAUCAUUUGAUUAUACGAAGUUGAAAGGGUUCAAAGGGCCACCUCCACCUGCCCUUCCCACCGAUUCUUGGUAUUCUUUCGGUUCACAGGAGACGCUUGUCGAGGCCGUAAAACCUCUGGAUUCCGAGACUGUGAUCCCGACAGGAGAGAACGUCUCAGAUUUACGCGAACAUUUCAAGGAACUUUACGCACAGUUCAUGAACUACCUACUAAAAUAUCUAAGUUCCCUAAAGAACAUGAGCAAGGACUGCGUGUCGGACAUUAAGAUGUUUCUAAAGCUUUAUAUGAACUUGCAACACAUCCUUCUGUCUCUAUCUGAGAGGCAAGCCGAGGAAGAUGUGCUGAAUAUGUUGAGGGAACAACUGAAACGUCGGAGAUAUUACAUUGACUGUAUGAAGUUAGCCCUGGUUGAGAUAAAAGAGCAUAUUAAGACAAAGACAGAUGUUAUCGCAUAA